AUGCCUGGCGAAACAUACAAGAAAUCCUCCGACCACAAUGGCCACGCUGUUGCUGAGACCAUUGAGUCUGCCGAGACCCAUCCGGCCGACUUGGUGGUGAGGCCCGACCUCAACAACAUCUCGUAUGGACCGACUGGCCUCAGGGGCAUCGUGCAGUCACCGUACGUUUUCUUCGCCGCUUUACUCGCAUCCAUGGGAGGCUUUUCCUUCGGAUACGACCAGGGCGUAAUCUCUAUCAUCAACGUCAUGCCCCAGUUCCACCGCGUCUUCCCCGAGGCCAAGAGCGGCUUCGGCAAAGGCUUCAUGACAGGCAUGCUCGAGCUCGGUGCUUUUCUCGGGUGCAUCUUCAUGCCUUGGCUUGCCGAUAAGAUCUCAAGGAAGCGUGCACUUUCUGCUGUGGUCGUGAUCUUCAACAUUGGCGCUAUUCUUCAGACGGCUGCUGUCAAUUACGAGAUGCUCGUAUUGGGCCGUACCGUCGGCGGUAUUGGCGUUGGCGCACUUGCUAUGGGUGCUCCACUGUACAUCUCCGAAAUUUCGCCUCCCAAUCUUCGCGGAACUUUGCUGGUACUCGAAUCUGUUUCGAUCGUCUUAGGCGUUGUGGUGUCAUUUUGGAUUACCUACGGUGCACGAGACCUUGCCGGCGAGGUCGCCUUCCGUCUCCCGUUCGGCUUACAAAUGGUCUCGGCCACAUUAGUCGGCAUUGGGAUCAAUAUGUUUCCCUACUCGCCGCGAUGGCUUGCCAUGGUAGACCGGAAGGAUGAAGCACUUGCAAGCCUCGCCAAGCUCAGGCGACUUCCAGACACGGAUGAAAGGGUUCAACAGGAGUUUCAAGGCAUCAUUGCAGAAACCCGAUACCAGCAGACCGUUCUCAAACGCCGCCACCCCAAUGCCCAGGGUCUCACUCUUGAGGUGAAGACAUGGCUCGAUCUCUUCAGCCUGAAGUUGUGGCGCCGUGUCAUUGUCGGGUGUGGUGUCAUGUUCUUCCAGCAGUUCUCCGGCAUCAACGCUUUCAUCUACUACGCACCAACGUUGUUUCAGACUCUUGGCCAGGACUACGAGAUGUCGCUCAUCAUGUCCGGUGUUUUCAACCUCCUACAAUUAGUGGCCGUCGGCCUGUGCUUCCUGAUCAUUGACAAAGUCGGACGACGCCCACUGGCUAUCUUUGGUGGCAUCGGAGGAUGCGUUUCUUGGGGCAUCAUGGCUGCGCUAGUUGGCGUCUAUUCCAAGACCUGGAACUUACAUACGGAUGCCGGUUGGGCUGCGGUAGCCAUGGCGUUUCUUUUCAUUCUCAUCUACGGCUGCACGUACGCCCCACUUGGUUGGGCUCUACCGUCAGAGGUAUUCCCAAGUGCCAUGAGGUCCAAGGGUGUUGCUUUGUCAACGUCAACAAACUGGAUCUGUAACUUUAUUGUCGGAGUCGUUACACCACCCAUGCUUGACUCACUGGGAUUCGGCACAUACAUCUUCUUUGGCAGCUGGUGCGCACUCUCUGUUGUCUGGGCUGUCUUCUUCCUCGUCGAGACUAAAGGCAAGACGCUUGAGCAAAUGGAUGAGGUCUUCGGGGAUAACAUUGCCAAAGAGGAGCAGGAUCUGGUUAUAGUGGGUGCAUCAGAGAGGGUUCUAGGAGACAAGUUGUAG